AUGGUUCCUCCAUACUUGCCAAGGAUUGAUUGGAAUAGAGUAUAUAUCCUUUUGCCCCCAUUUCUUAGAAAGGGGGAUUCUUUUCCCUGUAUAUAUUCUGCGCCCGUUAUUGAAAAAGGGCUUACAGUUCCUCCUGCGGAGAUGCAAAGCUUAAAGGAUAUACCCAAGUCCGAGAGGAAGGAGUACCGAAUGAAGUCUCUCAGUGAGGUCAUGCAACGUCAUAUCGACGGCUUCAUAAACAAGGUCGUGGAUGAUCAAGAAGAAGAGAUCAACCUUCUUAAGAAUUCAACUGGUGAAGCUAAAGCUGCUGUGGAGCUGUGGAAGAACAAAGCUGUUACUUAUCAGGCUGAAAUUAAAGAGGUGACUAUUGCUGCCCAUAAACCCUGCUAUUGCCCCACCGAAAGGCGGAACCAUUAA